AUGCCGGUGGCUGAUUCGGGCGGAGACUCGAGAGGAUCUGGCUGGGGCGCGAUCUCAGAGAGCACAAGCGAAGCGAGAACAGCGCGACGCCGACUGGCAUCUCAGUUUGUCUUCCGUCUGCCAUCUCGUCCGCCCCGCCCCGCCCCCGCGCUCCUUGCUCCCGACCACCAUCUGCUCCUGCAUGCCCGCUACAUGAAGCCUGAAUUCCCCUCCAUCCGGGCCUCCAAAAAUUACCCUUACUCUUCCUCGUCCUUUCCAGCAGACUCUCAUCAACAUCAAACGUCCAACUUCCAUCAACCUCGUGAAAGCUCUCCAGCUCUACCAUCCGCUCGAUCUUUGGUUCCAAAACACUCCACGCUCACUGCCUUCCGUUCCGUCUUCCAACGCCCUCCAACCCGCCUUUCCUCCAACAACUCCCUUCACUCGUCCUUCUCUGCCUCCUCCACCAAAGCCCCCUCUUUUUCCCCUUCAUCAGAUUCCCGCGUCCUGCAUCCGUACGCAGCUAUGGUUGCCGCACCGCUUCCUGUGGUGUCCAGCCACGAUCCGUCUGAUGAAGAGGAGGAGUGUCCAGUCUGCCUCGAGCCUCUCAGUUUCAGCUUCAGGUUGCCUGGCGAGAAGCCUCAUAUAGUCCCUGAGUGUGGUCACGCCCUUCACGAAGCAUGCUUUAUUGCUGUAUAUGGACCGCCACCAGGCCCCUCAAGAGCAGGCAAUGUCGUCCGCAAAACCAACCUUGGUGUGUGCGGUCUCUGUAGACGACCUAUGAAAGUCGGCGACGGCGAUGGUGGCAAAUCCAACAAAUUAGCUGCUCUCACCGGCAUGGGCGAUCCCAACGGGCCAUCGUUAUUUCCGGGAAGGGACACACCCUCUUCUUUGCGCUCUUUCAAUCCCCGUGGGGGUCAUGCGACGCCGAAGUCGUAUGACCCGAAUGAAGAUGACCCUGUUGAGCAUGUUCUCAAGUCCAGUGCCACCAACUCCCACGAACAAUCGCACUACAUCGUUUCACCGUCCAUUCAAGUGCGUUCGGAGUUCACGUCUCUUACUCGGACAUCCGAAUCCAGUCAACCUCUGACAUGCAUAGUUGUUGUCGAGCUACCCGGCAAGCGGCUGAGCACUCACGUUCCUGGCGCAGUGAUGCCUGUGCAGCAGGAUACGUACACACCUAGAGGUGGGAGUCACUAUCAGCAAGACGACAGCAACCAUUCAGUUCGGUCUGGUCCACGGCCGGAGUACAGCCCGGGGCACCAGCCAGUGUCCCCUGGAGAUCAGCAUUCACAAACUCGCUCGCAGCAUAUGUCUCCUGCUUCAUCCCAAAAUCCACUCGUGUCGCCCCAGGAGGAUUCGCUACCCGACAACUCCCCGUUUAAUGCCAUUACUGAAGACUUGCGAAAUCGCAUCAUUGACUGGAAGGGACAUCCACUUUCUGGGCUUGGUCCAUUGCAGAUGUAUGAUUUACUAUCCGUGAGGCGCGACGCUAUGGUGCGCGAGUUCUUUGUCUAUCUCUUCCGCGAAGCGAUUAUUUGCGUCGUGGAAGAGAAGAAGCGUACCCUGGGCCGCUUACUUUCCACGGCGUCCGGGGCCGCUUCCGCAUUUGGCGAUGGCUCGGGGAUGAGCGUUGCAGGUCCAAAUGGGCCGCAGAAGGGCGUCCUGAGGCUAAAGGGUCGCAUAUACAUCCGUCACAUCAAGCAGGUCACCGACACAUCGGUCGCGGGCGAGCUGAGCCUGACCAUCGAUAUGGAAGACGAGCGGUUGGACUCAUUUAUCCUGAUCUUCAAAGACCGCUCGUCGCUGGAGACGUGGAAGGCGCAUAUACAAGCACUAGUCAGCAUGUCACAGCAGCAAUCUGCGACACAGACCCGCGAAGCGGCCCCCACGCAACCGGCCCCCGACUUGGAGGAGUUUGGUGGGAGCCAGAAGGCAAUGCGCAUGCUCAGCGGAAGCACCGGGACCACGGUGAGCACGACGGACAGCCUCCUGCUCAACGGGUCAGCCCGCUCAACGGUCUCCUCGCAUACGUCUUACGGCUCGGUUUCGGGCACGCCUUCCGUGUCGCAUCCGCACCAGCCACGAGCCUUGCAGCAUAAACUCAGUACCCUUGAUGAAGACGAGGAAUUCAGCCGGUAUGGCUCGCCAACACCUCUCGUUGCGCCACAUAUGUCCGCCGGGCCGAGCAACUCGCUGCAGCCGCUGCCGCAUCCAGCGUUGGACCUCAUUCUCGUGAUAUCUAUACCAUCACCGAGUGCGACGCCGAGUACAGCUGCUUUGAAAGUGCGGGUCAUCAAGGCGUCGCUGGACUUUAUCAUCGCGUCGAUGGGUCCGAAGGAUCGUCUGAGUCUUGUCACGUUCGAGGUGGGCAUAGGUGGGCGCGUGCGAAAAACGCCGUUCUUGUGCCCUGGGAAACCGGCGAGCCGAUCGCGUUUGGUGAAAUUCGUGAAUGAGAUUGGGCGAAGGGAGGAUGGGACGCCGUUCGAGGACGAAUUCUUGGUGCGGAGUUCCCAGGAUGACAAGACAGAUGUUGUCACUGCUGUCAAUCAUGGGCUGGAUGUAGUUUUGCAGCGCAAGACGCGCAACCCAGUGACAGGAAUGAUCCUCGUGAGCGACGCUGCGGAUACGACGCGACGUGCGCAGAUGGAUCUUGUACUUGCGCGAACAGAGGCCGCGAACGUACCCAUUCAUUCGUUUGGUUAUGGUCGAUCGCAUGACCCUGCGUCGCUAUGGCUAAUGUCGAAUCACACCAGUGGCACGUACACAUUUGUGAAGGACUGGUACGACCUCCGAGACUGCCUGGCCGGGUGUAUUGGGGGGAUGAUGUCUAUCGGACUGCUGCACAUGAAAUUGCACAUGAAGAUUGUUGAUGGGCAGCGGUUCCGGAUACGCAAGAUCUCCGGGGGACCUAUGGCAAUUCUUUCUUCAGAUGGACGAGACGUCGAUGUUGAACUCGGCGAGCUCCGAUAUGGGGAGAAGAAAGAGAUGCUGAUAGAACUUGAACUCGAUAACAGCGAUGUCGCGCAGAUGGCUCCGCCCCAGCUUACGAACAACGGUAUGCAGCGGCAGCUCAAUGCAACAGACCAAUUCAUGGGUCGCAUGGGUCUCGACGCGUUGUCGAUCGCGGACUUGCCGGACCUCGCGGACGGCAUGAUGGAUCGCAUGAUUGACGAGGUUCCAGUGUUUGAGGUUGACGGUUCCUUCUUUGAUCCUGCCGCAGCGAAGAACGUCUCGCGUCUCGCGCACCCUGUACUGCUUACUGUCACACUCCUGCCGAACACCGGUAGCCGACCACGCACGCCUGCAGCGAACGGCUCGGACCCAGUGAUUGUGCGUCGGCGCAUGGAGCUGCUUGCAUCGGAUAUGAUCACUCGAGCGCUGGUGCUGGUAUCGCGCAAGAACUUGCCGCAGGCUCAGAAACUACUGAAUGAAACGCGGCGUAUUCUGCACACCGUCUUGCAGAACAUCACACAACUGCUACCAUCCAACCGGGAGGGCAUUACAACACGGAACCGCAAGGAGCUCCUCUCGCUCUCUGCUGCGCGGGCAAUCCAGGCGAUGUUGCAGGACAUGCAAGUUUUGUCAGAGGCGCUAGAGGAGAAUGCCGAUUUCUUUGUACAUGAUCAACGCAACUUCGGCGCCCAGCAGGCAAUGGUCCUCCGCGACCAGAAGAGCUGGAGUGGCCGAAGCGCUAUCGAACGAUUGUUCUGGACAAUCGAUAAUUCCAUCGACCUGGUCUCUCGAAGUACUGACUGGGUUGCCCGCGAAUGA